AUGGAUGCCCACGUGGACCUGCUGACAGAGCUGCAGCUGCUGGACAAGGUGCCCACCCUGGAGAGGCUGCGGGCAGCCCAGAAGCGGAGGGCUCAGCAGCUGAAGAAGUGGGCACAGUACGAGAAGGAAAUGCAGCACAAGAAGCGGAAGCAGGAGAAGAAGCGGAGUGCUGUGAACAGAAAGAAAGUGUCCUUUGAGGCCAGCGUGGCUCUGCUGGAGGCUUCUCUGAGGAACGACUUGGAGGAAGUAUGUUACCUGCUGAAGAGCAACAUCAGCCCAGACCUGUGCAAUGAAGAUGGAUUAACUGCACUGCAUCAGUGCUGCAUAGACAACUAUGAAGAGAUAGUGAAGCUUCUCCUCAGCCACGGGGCCAAUGUCAACGCAAAGGACAACGAGCUCUGGACUCCACUGCACGCAGCAGCCACAUGUGGUCACAUCAACCUGGUGAAGAUCCUCAUACAGCAUGGAGCAGACUUGUUGGCAGUGAAUGCAGAUGGCAACAUGCCAUAUGACCUCUGUGAAGAUGAGCCAACUCUGGAUGUCAUUGAGACCUGCAUGGCCUAUCAAGGGAUCACACAGGAAAGGAUCAACGAGAUGAGAGCUGCUCCAGAGCAGGUCAUGAUCUGUGACAUCCAUGACAUACUUGCAGCUGGACAAGACCUGAACAGGACAGAUGCCCAGGGUGCUACGCUGCUGCAUAUAGCUGCAGCCAAUGGUUUUCUGCAUGCAGCUGAAGUACUGCUUGACCAGGGAGCAAGCCUGGAUGUGAAGGACUGGGAUGGCUGGGAACCUCUUCAUGCUGCUGCUUUCUGGGGACAGAUGCAGAUGGCUGAGUUGCUGGUGUCCCAUGGAGCUAGUCUGAAUGCCAGGACAUCUUUGGAUGAGAUGCCAAUAGAUCUGUGUGAAGAGGAGGAAUUCAAAGUCCUGCUUCUGGAGUUGAAACACAAACAUGAUGUGAUCAUGAAGUCUCAGAUGAGACAUAAAUCCUCCCUGAGCAGAAGGACCUCCAGCACAGGCAGCCGGGGGAAGGUGGUGAGGCGGGCCAGCCUUUCAGACAGAACCAACCUCUACAGGAAGGAGUGUGAGAAGGAAGCCAUCAUCUGGCAGCAACUGGGGGCCACAGAAGAAGGGAGAAAUUCAGCUCUCAUUGGAGAAAUUGGGGAGACUCGGUCCGACCAGGAGAAUACAGACCCUAAUUCCGUGCUGGAGAACUCUUCUCUCCUUCCGGAGUUAGCAAACAAAAGCACCCAGUGUGACUCUGAAAUCCCCCUCCAGAACGGACUGAUGGCCUCUGCCAGCCCUUACCAGUACACCUUUUCCAACGGGGACAUUUGGAGUAUGCACACUGACCUUGAGAGUAACCCAGGCCACGUGCUGCCCUACGGCAACCCCGGGCUGCCUGACACACAGCAGUUCUGGGGACCCUACAAGGAGCAUAACCACCAAACGCUCUCCGAACUGAAGCGGCAGCGGGCUGCAGCCAAACUCCUCCAGCACCCUUUCCUCAGCACCCACUUCAGCAGUGCCUCCCACAUGGGAGGAGUGGCUGAGAAUGGGGGUGAGGCCAAGUCUCACCUCAUUGCAUCCAGGACUUCUCCCUACAGCUCCAACGGGACCUCAGUGUAUUACACAGUGUCCAGCGGUGACCCGCCCCUCUUGAAAUUCAAAGCUCCCAUGGAGGAGAUGGAGGAGAAGGUGCAUGGGUGCUGCAGGAUUUCCUAG